UAUCAUCGUACAUGUUUUAUUUGUAUCAUUCUAUUGCAAAAGAAAAAAAGAUGGGAAUGAAAUAAAUUAGAUCUAUUACAUACUACGUAAAAGAAUUAAAAGGUUAUGUUAAAAUGAAUAACGAAGUACAAUCUAAACAUUUCUAACAGAAAUAGUCGAAAUCAUGUACAAAUAUGUUUCCAUAAAUUAUCAUAUGAAAUUAGUCAACACUUAAACUAGAUGUAAAAUGUUUAUAUACCGAAUUCAUAAUGAUAAUACAGUGAAUUAAAAGAUUUUUCGCAUCAGAAGCUGUUCGUGUGUGCAGUGUCCGCCAUUUUGCUUUCUAUACAUCUGACAUGUCUUUCUAAUGUUAUUAUCGAUGAAUGCUGAAAUUUGUGCGUGAAUCUUCAAUCUCGUUGGAGUGUAUUUUGUACGAAAAAGGUUGGAUUGCCUCUGAUUGGGCAACAACCUCCAUUACUGUUGGGACUAAUUUCCAUUGUCCCAACCUCGGUUAAACUAAACGAAACGAGUUCAUAAAGAGAACUUCGCGAUAGUAUUUGUGAAUAGUUUACUUUUGUUAUAGGGUAUAAAUAUACUACAAGAUUCAUCUUAUGAGAUUUUCUGACUGUAUUAUUGAAACUUCAUUACAAUAUUUUGCACAAUGUCCUGUUGUCUAUAUAAGGAGUGAACAUAACCAAACUGUGUUGAUAUUCAACAUCAUGUACUGUCAACAAUAGAGAUAAAAUGAUUAUUAAUAUGGCUUUGAAUUGUCAAAGUUUAUCAGAACUUUUAGAAUCUACAUUCAAUGUUUUGCUGUUUUGUGUAAUGAAAUUAUUUGAAAAUGUAUAGAGUAUAUUCAAUGUGAAUUGCUAUGCGAGGCAAGGAUUGUUUUUAUCCUGAUCUAGCCAUGGACUAAGUUUACGCUUAUUGCUUGAACCAGGAGAUUUUAAUAAUCAUCUGAUACACAUUAUGUAUAAUAUGCGAAUUUAAACAUAUAUAGUGAUAUAUAGCUUUAAUUGAUCUAGACAUUAUUAAUUCCUAAAGUAUUAUUUGCACUUUUAAAACGUAGAAUACAUUUUAUUGUCAUUUAACUAUAUAAGAUUUUUUGUAAAAUUUCACUACAAAAUUUGAUACUAAAUAGUAGGUAAACAAUUUUAAUAUUUCUAUUGAAGCACAGCUCAUGACAAAAUUAAGUUUUGUAGAUAUGCAAAUACAUGUAAAUAAGAUAGCUGGGUACACAUUAUUAAUAUAUGUAACAUUAUUAGUAUAUGUAGUGCAUAUGACUAUUUUAUAAGUUAUUAUACUUUGUACAAAAAUUCAUUUUAUUAGUUAUAUUACCUUGAUGCAUAUGUAAACAUUAAUGUGUUUGAAACAAAUACAAAAACAACCAAACUGUGAUACAAUACAAUAAAAAUAACUUUUUAUUUUUUUAUUCUCAGUAUUAUGAAUUCAGAAAUAUUUAUGUAUGGACUUGGAUCUAGGCACAUGGCGUAAACUAAGUUUUAUCUAGAUAAGAAGAAAGUUGAUUUGGAAAGUUUGAGAAUGCAGGUAGAACAGAAUACAAAGAAAGCGGUAAUCAAUGAAGGUCCCUAUAUCCGAAAACUCAAACAUGGACAAUAAAUUGAAGUUUUCGGAUCGUUUGAAGGCUUUGCUGAAAACUGAGGCUCAUCAAGAUGUUGAUCCAUAUAUUUUCAGUGAACCAGAGCCAUUUGGUACAGCAACAGGAAGAAAUGUUACAGUAGUGUCAUCCAAAAAUUCUAAAGUAAUGCAAAAUUGUAAAAAUAGUAAGACUAAAGAAAAAUGUAUGAAACAAAGAAUAAGGAUAACAUCCAUACCAGAUACGGAAUUCAAAGCUGUACAAGACCGUGCUGUAGAAUUAGAUGCUGAUUGUAGUGUUGGUGGUGGUGGCAGUGGUGGUGGUGAUGGUGAACAUAUAGACUAUAAAUUUGCAAUCGAACAAAAACGUCGUCAUAUUGAAAAUUUACAAAGACUAAAAAAUAGAAGGCAAAGUCGGGACCAUACACUGUUGUAUUAUCCUAGAGCUGGAGAUGAAAUAUCAGAUAGUGAUUCUAGUGGAGAUGAAAUGACAAUUUACCAACGUUAUUGGUUUUCUGGAGAAAAUACUUCGACAUUGAAUCGUUCUGCACGUCUUUCUCAAUUACGUUCUCAAUUGAGAAGAAGACUACUUCAGUUACACAAAGGUGGAACAGAUUCAGAAAUUUUGUUACGUGAUAGGGCUAGGUGUCUGUUAGAAGCUGCUUGCAAGGAUCCUACAUCUACAGCGAGAGCUUUAAGUGGUUCUCCAAGUACAAGUAAGGUGGUAGAGGGGCCACUUCUAGUUGGUGGACUUUGUGGAGCUGAUGGAUGCCAACAGACAUCUCUACCUUGUACUCGUCACUGUUCUCGUCAUAUUAUGUUAAAUGGAGAUCAACUUUUAUUUGAACAUUGCACUGCCAAAUUUAGUGAUAAUACACAAUGCUGUAUUCCUGUGUUUGAUGUUGCACAUGAAUUACCUCUUUGUCCAGAACAUGCAAGAAAAAGGGAUAAUUAUCAUCGUAAAGCCCAAGAAUCUAAACCAAAGAAAGCUCGUAAAAAACCAACAUCUCCCACAAUUCCCAGGCCUAAACCAAAAUCCAGGCCGAAGAAACGAAAGCGGCCUCCUGCAAAUAAACUUGAGAUUAAAGAUCCUACUCUAGUACAUGAGGAAAGUCAAUAUUUGAAUCAAAUAAACUCUAGUGAAAAUCAGACAAAAACUUUGAAUAAUUUGAAUACUGUAGCACAGGGAAGUUCAAAUUCUGCUAACUUAAAUUUAGGAUUAGGACUUGGUCUUGGAGGAGGACUUAAAGAUCUGGGAGAUCAUGAAGUGUUUCCUUCUUUGGAUUCUGCAGAGCAUGAUUUUGGCAAUGUGCUCAACAACUUACCUGCUGAUGCUUUUAAUGACUUAUUUAUUGAAGGCAGAAAUGGUGAAUAUGAACCAUCAAGAGAAGAAGAAGAAGAAUUGGAACGAGCACUAGAGGCAGUAGAUAAGGAUGUACGAAAUUUGGAAAGAAUGGGGCAAACACAUGGACUUUUAGAGCCAGCUUUAUUGGCUCAACUUAUGUCAGACAUUGCUUCGUAGCCCCGCCUAUUUUAAUAAUAUAAUAAUUUGAAAACGAGUUCACGUGUGUUCCUUACAAUAUAGAAAAAAAAUACUGUUUGUGUCUGUGCUGCUAAAUGUAAGAUUGUGUUAUUAACUUUCGUUACAUAACUAUAAAAAUCCAAGAUAAUGGCAGGGAUUGAUAUACAGAAAGUAACAAGAAAUAGUAAUUAUAAUUAAUUUAAUAUAAAUUUCAUUGGAUACACUUAUAUUAUAUAGCUAGAGUCACAUAUAAAAAAAUUAUAUUUCUUGUAAAUGCAAAAAAUUCCAUCCUUGCUAAAAAGUAAUCAUGAAAAAGUCGUAAUCUCAUCUUGUUUUAUAUAUUUGCAGAUUAUUUUGAAUAUAAUUUAAAAGUUCAGUUAUAGUGUUAUAGUUAUAAUGAUACAGCAAUAAAUACUUUUUACUUAUGAAAGAUAUAAAAGUCAAAACAUAAAACACUUCUACAAAUUAAUUCUCAAAAGUCAAAACUAUAAACUAUAAACUAAUUCUUAAUCUAAAGGCUCAGAGAUUUAUUUUUAUUUAUUACUUUAUUUAGUUACAACACAAAAUAAAAACUCAAUUUAUUUAAACAUAUUUAUUAAUACAUUAUUUUCAUCAUUAAUGAUUUUUUGUUUUUAAAUAUCCUGAUAUGGCUGCAAAUAAUAUUCAUAAAUAUUUUGUAAAGAUAUGAUUUUAUAUAAUUUCUCUGAUUUAUAUAAAAUUUCUGACAUUUUAAAUAGAAUUAAAAUCUUUUAUUAAAAAUCAAUACAUUACUUAGUUCAUUAUACAUUUUGAUAAAAAUGUAAUUAGGUUUUGUUUGAAUCAGACAUUGGAGGUGUUUUAAUAAAUUAUUUUCUAUCAAGAAACUUUAUUUAUAAAAUACAAUUGCAUGAACACAUGACUGAACUUAAAAAAAAACUACAUAUACAUAUAAAUAGUCAUUCAUUUUUAUCAUCUACCUGCUGUAAUAAUUAUAUGCGAAUAAUUGCAAAUAAUCUUACUCAUAUAUGCAUAAUCAUCACUAUCAUUUUUUUCAUUUUGUAUUAUAAUCAUGUAGACAAAUGUUCAGUAAUAGAUAGCUGUAACAUAUAAUUAAAGAUUCAACUUAAUAAGAAGUGCCGAAAUAGUUUCAUUUUUGAUAUUUUUAGUAAUUGUAAUAUGAUUCAAUUUCUUUUGCAGCCUAUAAAAAAAGAUGACACGCGAUAUAUUAUUUUAUUAUUGAAAAUAAAACUAUAAAAAAUUCAAAUCUAAAAAAUCUAACGAGGCACAGAUUCUGAGAGUAAAACUAGAUUGUUCUAGUUAAUUAUAAGAAUAACUAAAUCAUUUACUGCCAUUUAAUAUUUAAAUGAUUACAAUAUCGCUAUAGCUAGAGAAUACAUGUAAUGUUUCCAAAUGUAUGCAGUAUAUUUCAGAUUUUAUCAUAAUUUUAAUACAUAUCGCAAUUGAAAAUCAAAAAAAAAAACUAUGUUGAAUCACUUUGUAGAUUAUAAAUAAAUGUCAUUAGAGUAAAGCAACAAAAAACAAUUUACAUGUAACACCAGAAUUGUACAGGUUUUGUGAGAUCUAGUUUUUAUUGUCAAAGUUUCUGUGCCAAAUAUACUUGUUAAGAUAUUAAUUUUUGUACCUUGUAUAUGCGUGUCAUUAUUCAUAAAUAAUAGGUCGCAAGGAAGUAUAUCUUAAAUAAUAAAUGUUUUAACUAAAUGUAAACCAACACAAAUGGACAGUAAAUUUGUCACUUGUAAAUGGAAAAAAACACAAUAUAAUUUACAAUUUAACCCAUAUUGGGAUUAAAUUAAUGUCAUAUAUAUUGUUAUUAUAUAUAAUGGUAGUAAGUAGGUACAGUAAUUAUUUAUAUAAGGACAAUGCAAAAUUUAAUCAUGAAAGAAAUGCAUUGCUUCAAAUGUACCUAUAUGUGUAUCUCCUUGUAAAAUAUCAGCAUUAGUGCGCAUUAUUAGGCAUUACCAAUUAUAAGCAUAUUUUUUA